AUGCAUGAGCGGGAUUGGCGACGUGAGCGAGGGGAGUGGGAAUGGAUCCUCUUUCACUUCGUCGCCUCGCAACUCCCCUUCAUUCCAAUCGAGGUGACAUGUCGAGAACGGUCGGGCGAGAUGCCAGGGCAGCAUGGACAGACCGUAGGCUGCCAAGAAGACAGCGCCCAACGGAUGGAGCUGAAGAUUAUCGCUAGCAUCGACGGAACAACUUUCCUCGCGCAAUCUCCACAUCGCCUUGACGGACGAUCCUCAAGCAAUAGCCCACCAAACGGGCGGCUGUAA